CGGGCUGGUAGGGCUUUGGCAUUUCAAACGGCCGCAGAAAGCCGAAUGCAAAAUUCAAACCUCCCCCGCUUAAAUCCCCUUCCUCUCUCCUCUCUCUUCUGCCACGGCGAGUCCAUGGCGUCUCGGGAAGGCGACCCUUGGUCGGAUAUCGUGGCCAGCGGCGGUGGCGGCGGCGGAGCGGCUCGCAUCGGCGCGGUGUACGAGCGCCGCCGGGCGCGGGAGGCGUCGAGGCAGAGAAACUCGGAUCCGAGAGAUAGCUUCGCCGGCGGCGAGAACCGGCCGAGCUUCGCGCCCGCGCCGCCCAAGAGGUCCAGCUGGAACCGGUCGCUCUCCAUCAGAGGGAGGGAAAGUAUUUUCUUUGCUCCUGGCACAAAUCUUCAGCCUCAACAGAAACCCAGCAGAGCACUGAAACGACCACCAAAACCAUGUAACCGAGUGAAAAACACUAUGAGGGGGCCACUUGACUUGAGUAAAGAAAAGGCCUAUUUUGAAGAAGUUGAUGCUUUUGAGCUGAUGGAAGAGAGUCCUUCACCUAAGAACUUUGCCACAUGGGCUAGUGGAAUGGAGCAGACCAUUAUUGUGCAUGAUCUGUCUGCAAUAUUGGAAAGGUGGAAAAUCUCCAAGAUUGCAAGAUGUGCAUCAUCUAAACCCUUGUUUGACAUCAUGGAGACCCCACUUGUACCAUCAGUACUCAGUACCUGCAGCACGGAUUGUCUUAAGAGUUGCAGAACCCCUGAAAAGGAUAGAUAUUCAGGGAUAAACCCUAGGAGGACACUCCAUUCAGGAUACACCAAUAACAGUUUAGUUAACAUUGCAGGCGAAACCAGUAUUGUCACAUCCUUUAGUGAGCUUGAUAUUAAGGAGGAACCUGUCCGCACCAGCAUUCCAUCAUCGAAUAGUGAAGCUCUGACUGCAUUUGCACAACUGCUGAUGGUUUGCAAGCAAUCUGCACCAGCUACAUUUGCAGAAGUUUUUUCUACUUAUUGUAAGCUAGGCAGCAUAGUAAAGCUUGGUGAAGGAACCUAUGGGGAGGCCUACAGGGCAGGAAACUCUGUCUGUAAAGUGGUUCCCAUUGAUGGAGAGUUAGUGGUCAAUGGAGAGACACAGAAGAAAUCGGAAGAAAUACUUGAGGAAGUUUUGCUUUGUCUAACACUGAAUAAUCUGAGAGAAGAUGGGGCAGAUAAUGAGAAAGAAAAUUCAUGCAAUGGCUUCAUUGAGACUAAAGACUUUUGGGUCUGUCAAGGACGAUAUGACCCUUCACUGGUUAGUGCUUGGGAAAAUUGGGAUGACAAACACCGAUCUGAAAAUGAUCACCCAAAAGAAUUUUCAAAUGACCAAUGUUAUAUUAUCUUCGUGCAAGCUGAUGGUGGGAGAGACCUUGAAAAAUUCGCUUUACUUGACUACAAUGAGGCUCGAAGUUUACUGCUUCAGAUUACUACGUCAUUAGCGGUAGCUGAAAGUGCCUGUGAAUUUGAACAUCGAGAUUUGCACUGGGGUAAUAUUCUUUUGGUUCGAGAUGAAAUGCCAGACAAGAAUCACACAAUGAACAUCACUCUUCAAGGGAAGAGGAUGUGUGCUAGAACUUUUGGUUUGACUGUCUGCAUCAUUGAUUUUACUCUUUCUCGGAUCAAUACAGGAGAUGCCAUUCUCUUUUUUGACCUGUCCAAGGACCCUGUCUUAUUUGAAGGACGAAAAGGAGACAAGCAGGCAGAAACUUAUCGCAAAAUGAAACGAAUUACCAAUGAAUACUGGGAGGGCAGCUUCCCACAGACAAACGUGGUCUGGUUAGUUUACCUUGUGGAUAUUUUACUAUCGAAGAAAUAUGAGACAUGCACUAGCAAAGAUGAGAGGGAGCUACGGUCAUUCAAGAAACGGCUUUCCUCGUACGGUUCUGCUAGAGAUUGCCUCGCUGAUUCCUUAUUCAGUGAUCUGCUGUCCGAAGAGGAGGAUUCCAGGCCCUCGGCGAUGCCUCUCCUGUAGCUGCAAACAGUGAGCUGAUGAAUCAUUUAGUUGGGGUUUUGGGGUUUCUGCAGUGUUUAUCAUCUAAUCUUGGGUGCCAGAAAUGAGAUGGGCGAGAGAGGCGAACGGAAGUUCGUUGGGGUGCAAGAGCUUGCUGCUGCUGCUGCCUAAUCACCUUUUGUAACUAACUUUUUCUUUGACAGCACCUUUUGUAACUAACUAGUGUAACGUGGCUGCUGCUAUCACUUAUGAGACUCCUUAUAUAUAACUUUAGGGUCAUUCCCUCCUGACACCCACCCA